GAGCUGUAAGUUAUCAGUGUUUCUGAACGGUGGAUAUUUUAUUAAUAAAUGGUUUAACAAACAGCUAAUCUAAGAAGUUUUAGUGUUUUAAGUUAAAACUCUUGGUCCCUGGUUGUUUCUUAAAAUCAGAAUAUCGAUCUAAGCUAAAUACGUGGAACUGUCGGGCGGUGGAUCAGAACCAGGAAAUGGAUUCUUUAGCGACGUUCUCCCUGGUGUCGGUUCUGAUCAUCUUCAUCUCACCUGUCUCUACAGAUCAGUGUAACAUCACAGUUAAAGCUGGACAGGACAUCAUUCUGCCAUGUAGAGCUCCUGACAGUAAACCUGUUAUAGCUGUAAAAUGGACCAGAACUGAUCUGGGGUCAGAAUAUGUUUUUCUGUACAGAAAUGACCAGAUUAAUUUGGAAAACCAGCUUCUAUCUUAUAAGAACCGGGUGGAUCUGAAGGAGACACAGAUGAAGGAUGGAGAUGUGUCCUUGGUUCUGAAGAACGUGACGACUGAUGAGAGAGGAACAUAUGAAUGUCGAUUCUUCCAGAAAGCAACUAGCACCAGCAAGGAGACCAUUCUCAUCAUAAACCUGGAUGUACUUCCUCCUCCAGGUGACCCGGAUGGAGGCAACAAAGAUGGAUGUGUUGGACUGGGGGUCGGUCUGUCAGUUGGUAUAAUUAUUGCUGUUGCUGCUGGUUGGUUGAUCUAUAAAAAAACUUCAUGUUUUAAACCAAACCAGCCUCCUGAAGAACCAGCUGGACCUCACAGGACUUUAAUGUCUCACAACGGAGCAGCUGACCUGUGAGUCCAUGUUGACCUGCUGGAUGAUGGAAGAUCUGUAGAACCAGAGGAGACAAACCUUCCUAAAGAACUUGCUGCUGAUGAGAAACAUCUCAGUGGUUAGUCGUCUAUUUCCUCCUCAUGAGGACCAACCUCAUCAUCUCCAUCACCAACCAGCUGAGAGGAACCCAAACACUGGUACCAACAGUUUCUGUCUUCCAGCAGAACCAAACCAACCUGUUACAGAUUUGUUCUAGAACCCGUUCCAAGCUGGACCUGAACAGUGGAGACCCGUUACUACAUUCUUCACUAAACCUGAAUCAAGCUGAGCUGCAGAGUUUCAGGUUCAACUUAAUGAAGGUCAGGAGCUUCUGACAGCUUCAGACUUUUAGAUGUUUUCUUUGUGUUUAAACCUUCAAACGUGUCUUCAUUUCAUCUUCAUCACCACUGACCAGAGCAGCCUGAUAGAUGCUUCUUCCCUCUGCAGAAUCCGUCCAGAACAAUGUGCAGCACCAUAAACCAUCAGUGUUUCUCAGCAGCAGGUCACACGUUAUGAUCCGACCUCAUGUUGAGUCAAACAUCAGGUUUCAGUGUCUCCUGGUGCUGAUCUGCUCGGUUCCUCUUCAUCAUGACUGCAUUAUUUACUGUUUAAUGUUCCUUUCUAGCAGAAACAUUUCAUUCAGUUUGUUAAAUGUUCCAGCAGCCUGAAAUCAUCUAAAUCAUUUCAUUUAUUAGCUGAUAUUUCUGCAGAACGAACCUCAACAACGUCUCUAACUUUCAGCCAGCUGACCUUACAGUCACUCAGAUUUAUCACAUUUCACUUGUUUAAAUAUUUUA